UUCAUCUUUCCUUGGAGCUGUAUAUCCUCACAGCUGUGGAAUUUAUACAGCAGAAGUUAUGCUGCUUAAGGUCUGAACAUGGUUCCAAUAGUGAGGAGCCAUUAAUUACGUGAGCACUUAAUGACAGGGAGAGAUGUGACCUCAGUGGAGAAGUCGAAACUGCUGGGUUGAAGACUGAUGGUGGAACAGAGAAACUGGGGUCCGGAAUUACCAAAGAAAGAUGUGAGAUAGUUACUUUUUUCUGGGACUGAGGAGGGUGAGAUGACAGUGCAGUUGGAGAGUGACUUGAGACCAGGUAAACAAAAAAAAGCGAUUUUAAGUUAGUGUCAUUGGGAAAGUCAGUGGGAUAAAGGGGAAUGCAAAAUUGCUAAGGAGAACUGCGUACCAGAUAUUAAGAAAGUAUGGAUCCCCGGAGUGGAACUUGAACCCAGAAGCGUCUGACUCAGAGCUGAGAGUGCAGCAGAUUGCAGCACAAAGCCAAUUGCCUGAAGGCUGAAUUUCCAUGAAGGCAGACAGAGGUGUUCUCCAGCAAGGUUCAGCCAGAGGUCAACUGCUAAUGGAAAGAUCCAGAUAUGCUUGGCCACCUACCCAAGGAGCCACUUUCCAGUGAUAUCCAAGACAAGCAGCAGCCCUAUCCUCCUUUAAUUUCCACCACUUCACAAACCUUCCCGAAGACAUUAACAGACUCUGGGUGCUGUUGUGAAACCACAGUUCAACGAGUGGCUGCUGAAUCAACACCUCACCAUGGUCAAAGGCAAAGAGCAGAACCUUCAACUUUUUUGCUCCCUAGUGAUCGGGCUUGUUUCCUACUCUACACUUCAAGCAGAUGCUCAGAAUUCGUGUCAAAACAGCUGUGGACAAAGGUUGGCUGAUUGUUCCUGUCAUGUGACUUGCGAAUCAUUGCGAACAUGUUGCCCAGAUUACAGUGACUUCUGUCUCCGGGUAUCUCCUCAAUCAGGAACCUUAAUGGGAGGAGAAGAUAUUGUCAUCGUUAAUGCAACAUUUAAUGCUCAGGACAAGAUAAUUUGCAAGUUCAAGUCAGACAUUUUAACCGAUGGUUACGUUGAUGCUAAACAUAGGGCUCACUGUAUCUCACCAUUGCUGUAUGAAAAUGGAAGGAUACAAUUUGAGUUGUCAACAGAUAAUGGAAAAACCUUUGAUCGCCGAGGGACAUGGGUGUCAGUACAUCACAGCAAAUUCUCGUCCCUGAAGAAAAGCACCUUGGUGAAUGCCACCAAAUGGCAGUACUAUGGCACGCCCAACGUUUCAGGGGAUCUGACUCUGGUUUGGAACACAUCAUUGAUCUCAGCAACCUCUGUAAAUAUUGAAGUCUGGGGAUAUCAAGAAACAGGUACACCAUACUCAGAAUCCUGGGAAGGAAAAUGGACUUACCUCUAUUCACUUGAAAAAGCUGCACCAAACAGCGGGACUUUCAAAUUCACCCCUCAGCCUGCUAAAAAACCCUAUUCUGAAUGGGAGAUUGGAAUGCUGCGACUAACCGCUGAGAAUCAAAACGACGGGGCAGCUAAUGUCAGAGCAUUAUGGAGUCCAAGCCAUGCGCUAGCUUGGCACCUGGAAGAAAGGUUCAGAGAAGACUCGGCUGCCUGGGCGUACCAGAAAUGCUUGGCCUGGCACAAAACUGAAGAGACACUGCCAAACUUCCUGCUGGAGAUUGCAGAUUGCCCUUGCACUCUGGCACAGUCACGGGCAGAUUCAGGGCGAUUUCAUACAGACUAUGGGUGUGACAUUGAGAAGGGGAGUAAAUGCACCUAUCACCCAGGAGCUGCCCAUUGUGUUCGAGCUAUCCAAGCAAGCCCCAAGUAUGGAGCAGGACAGCAGUGCUGCUAUGAUGCCCAAGGCAGACAGAUUCUAACUGGAGACUCGAUUGGAGGCAGCACCCCUGACCGAGGGCAUGACUGGGGCUCCCCACCAUACGAGAAGCCCCCAAGAGUUCCUGGCUUCUCUCACGGACUCUACGACGUGAUGAGCUUCUAUUACUGCUGCCUGUGGUCAGAUAACUGCCAGUAUUACUUUCUACAUCGACCUUCAAGUGACUGCACAACCUACAGACCUCCAAAAGCCGGCACAACAUUUGGAGAUCCACAUUUCUUUACUUUUGAUGGGACGAACUUCACCUUCAAUGGGAGGGGCGAGUACACACUGGUAACAGGAGAAAGAAAUGGCACAAAUGGAGUUUUAGAAAUCCAGGGAAGGACAGAACAAGUCAAGAAUAUAAAUGGGACAUAUGCAAAUUCGACUGGCUUUACUGCUGUUGCUAUGCAGGAAGGUGACUCUGAUGUGAUUGAAGUCCGUGUUCCAACCCAUUCUAACGAUGCCACUUUGGAGGUGCUGGUCAACCAUGGGGUUGUAACUUUCAAUGAGCAAAGCUGGAUGGAUCUUAAAGGUGUUUUUGUGUAUUCGGCCACCCCGCAGAAUGCUACUGUCAUGUUUCCAUCUGGAGCUGGUGUGGAAACGCGAGCAAGGGGUGCGCUCUUGAGUAUCACGGUUCUUUUACCAGACACAUUCAUGAACUGGACAGAAGGUCUCUUUGGAGUAAUGAGUAACAGCCCAGAUGACGACUUCACCUUCAGGAAUGGCUCAGUUCUGCCUGCUGAUGCCAGUCCGGAAAUGCUCUACGAACUGGGUACCAGCUGGGCAAUUGAAAACAAAAGUUCUCUCUUCACUUACGACAGCCAGUUCUUGCUGGAUAAUUACUUGCAUGUUCCGAAGCAUCACCCAGAUUUCACUCCCGUUUUCUCAGUGACGGUUGACCCUGCGGGUCCAUUGUAUGCUGAAAUGUCAGCACUGUGUCAAGGGAACAGGUUUUGCCAAUUUGAUACGCUUGUAACUGAGGACCUUCAGGUGGGAAACGCGACAAUGGCCUCCUACGAGAGUUACAUGAAGCUGGUCGAAAGCCUUGAGCCAGUGAUCGCCUGUGGGUUUCUGGAUGAGCCCAAGAAUGGGGCAAAGAAAGGGGACCUCUACUUGGUUGGAGCAUCUGUGAAUUUCACAUGCAAUCAGGGCCACGUCCUUUCAGGAUCAGCUAGGCGCACAUGCCUGCCAUCUGGGCAGUGGUCCGGACAGCCCACCUUUUGUAUAUCUGAGAACAUUCUGGGCAUCGUGCUAGGAACCUUACUCGCCGUGUUCUCGCUGGUUGUAAUUGGAGUGAUUUUAUUCGUGAACGAAAAGCGUCUGAAAUUGAGAAAAGCCAAAAUGGCUGCCUCUUCUCACGAGUAUCAAAACACCAACAUGGAGAAAACUGAGAACAUGUGACCCUAGGGAAUGAACCCCAGCCCCCAUCCCCACCCUUGGCAUGGACAGCCCCCUCCCUCACCACCCUCUGAUUUGCAGUCAGCCCAGCAAACACUGUCUGGGAGAUGGAUCUCUCUCUCUCUCGCUUUUUAAUUUCAGAGGCCUUCGGAAAAAGGGAUUACGCACUUUUCAGAACGCGGUGGAUAAUCUUUCAGACAGCUGUGGGCCAACUGUUGACAAAUUAAUUGUGGCUGCAUGCUGGCUACAGGAAUUUAAAUGAUCAUUUUUUAAAAACAUCUAAUGCCUGCAUAUGCUGGGGCCGGCCAAAUCGUUCAUUCAGUUCAGCCUGUAACAAUAUCAAUACCAGCCACAGGACUGAUUGCUCGGUGCAAGGCUGGUCUGGUUGACAAGAUUGGGAGUAUCGAUGAGUUUAGAUUUGUCAGCGUACUGAUUACUAUCCUCAGUCUGCUGUGAACUCUGACCUUUCUGUUCCUUCCUCCACUCUCUAUGGUUCAACACCCAUCCUCAGCACUGGCUUUACUUUGAGGACUGCAGAGAGGUGGGGGGAGCUGAGGGCAGUCCAGUACUUUUGCAGUUGCACAGAGAGUUCCUGAAGUGGUCAGUAGAACCACAUAAAAGUUGUAGCAUGGAAAGAGGCCAUUUGGCCCAUAUGCCUGCACCAUUUGAAUAAACCAGUCCUCCUCCCCCAUUCUAAUCCACUUUUCACUAAUCCACUGUACAGCGCUUCAGGUACAGAUCCACAGUCCUUUUAAAUGGGGUGGGAAUUUCAGCCACAAAUACCAAACUGGUCAAUGAUUUCCAGGUCCCGACCACUCUCUGGGUGAAAACGAUUUCCCCCUCUCAUCUUCGAACAAUUACCCCAUAGCUUUCACUGUUCUAAGGAAAACAAUCCUAGCCUCUGCAGUCUUUGCUUAUAGCUUCCAGUCGCAAGUUCUGGCAACAAUUUCUUCUGUACUCUUUCUAUAGCAAUUUUUAAAAAAUGGGAUGAGGGUGUUGCUGGCUAGGCAGCCUUUAUUGCCCAGCCCUAAUUUUCCAGGUUAGAGUUAACCACAUUGCUGUGAGUCUGGAGUCACAUGUAGGCCUGACCAGCUAAGGGUGGCAAUUUCCCUUCCCUAAAGGGCAUUAGUGAACCAGAUGGGUUUUUACCAAGAUUCAUCAUCAGGCUCUUAAUUACAGAUUUUGUUUUAAUUAAAUUUAAAUCUGCCCUGGUGGGAUUUGAACCUGCAUUCCCAGAACAUUACCUGGGUCUCAGGAUUAACAGUGCAGUGAUAAUACCACUAGGACAUCACCUCCCCUGAAUUAGAUCCUUCCUGUAAUGUGAUGACUGCAAAGUGAAAUCCCAUAAAUCUUUCUGACCUCAUUAUUGGUUCAAUUUCUGUAUUCUUCUUCUAAUUUUCUGAGAGAUGCAGGAAAAAGUUCAUUGGACCUCCAUUGGCUUAUUCUCUUUUUCAAAGGGGGCACUUUAUAUGAAUCAUGUGACUUUUCUGCACUCCAUGGUGAUGCUGCUUUUCAUAGUUUUGCAUGAUAAACACUCCAAAGGCUAACCGAGCACAGUGGAAUCUCCUCCACACUACCCUAUCUGUACGGACUAGAAUUUGCAAUGCAUUCAGAAUCCUGCUGCCAGGACCAAGCAGGGGUCUUGCAGACCUGAUUGUCAGUGGGCACCGCUGGCAUGAUCUUUCCAGGGGUGCCCAAUGAAUUGGCAACACUCACAGUCCCCUUGAGAAUGGGCUCCUGCUACUGCUCAUCCUGGCAGCUACGGAGCCCUCUAUCAGCCCCAUUGGGAAAGAUGGGGACCAUUAGGACGCCACAACCCAGAGCUGCCUUCAGAGAGAUAGAUUCAGAGAUGAAAAGCCAUUCAGCCCAUGAAUCACACUCUCGGUGGCUCUUUGGGCUGCAGAUGUGGUGACCCCCCUCUGACAUUUGGAGGCUUGGACACCUGUGGUUGCAUAGCCUGCCAUAGGAGGGCACCUCCAUGGUAACUGGUAGCUGCUUUGCUAGCAGCAGAAAAUGCCAGCAAAUGCUCUCACCCUCAAUUGCCCCUAAUUCUGACCUUAACAAUCUGGAACAGAGAACCCAUUUUACCCCCUCACUGCCUCUCAAAGUUUGCAGGGGAUGUGUUUGAGGUGUUACUACCCAAUUUUGUUUCUUGCUGUUGCCUCUCUCCAACAGUGGAGCUGGGAAAAUUCAGGCCCAGCUCUAGUGAUAAUGUGACUCUCGUCCAUAUAACUGUGGCUGUGGGGGCUGUUCUUGGAUUAAGAGCAUCAGAUUUGAGUGGACACUUUUGUCACCUUAUGCACACACCUCAACAGCUGUUAAAAGGCGAAGGUCAAUGCCGAUGCCAACAGCAAGUCUGGUGGUGGUGGAUCAUUCAGUUGGUGGAGACAGUGAUAGGAGGCAAUUGGUGUCCACUUAAGGCCUCAUCCCAAUGCUGCUGGUAUGCCCCCAAUGGAGGGUGUGUGUGGGGACUUGUGACUUGCUUGCAGCUUCUGGCUGGUAAGAAGGACAUUGAAAAAGGGGGGGCAUUGUUUUUAGACACACAUUCAAAGGCACUCUGUGCCCGAAGAGGAAGUGGGUUUCGGGAAUUGGGGAGGGAGGCCUAUUGAGAGCCAUCCUCUGUCCUAGAUUGCUGCUGACCCUGCCCACAACACCUCUCUCUUCAUCACUCUCCUGCCAUUGGUGUCCAAUAAUGAUGGUGGUCCUUGGGUGGGCACAGUACCAGCAGCAGCCACCGCAUUCUGAGUGGCACUGCUGAGUUAAUGGUCUUUGACUGGCCAACAGCUUUAAACUGUCAGGAUGCCUGGGGUCGCUGGGAAGACCCACUGCUGCCCAGUUAAAUGCCUGAUUUGAACUUAAUGUGACAAACAGAAGUGACAAGGGACUGAUGGCUGAGAGUCACAACAUCUCUGCAACACUACAAACUUCUUCCAGCUAGCAGACUGCACGCUAUAUUCACCUGAUCAGCCUGGGCAGCAUUCAGGUUCCAAGGAGUGACAGGAUAAUACUUUAAAACUGUGUCUCUCACUUACACCUAUGUCAUUGAUUUUCUCAACUAAAAAUGAGAGUUUUCUCAAAGAGAUAACAUCUAGCCAGCUAUGUUCACUUUAUAGCAUUGUGUGAUUAUUGAAUGUAGCAGCUUUUCAGAGUUCUUUCCUAAGUAACCUAAGCUGCCAUUUUGUGCAAUAAGGCUAUUAG